CGUAAUAGUUUUGAUAAGUUUGGCUGUAAUUAUUUAUUUUGCUUUGUUUUUUGGGGGUAGGUUGAUGUUUUUCUCGUUUGUUUUUUACUAAAAAAUUAAUUACACAAUUACACACUUAAUAAGCUGCAUUUAAUAUGCAUAUCAUAUAUUUUAGUUAAGUUUUGCUUGUGAUAAGGAGUAAGGAUAUUCGGUAACGGCUGGUUAGAUGGUUUCAGGCCAAAGUAAGCCGAGAUCAUGCCUCCCAGGCCACGUGUUGAACACAGAGACAUCUCGCCCAUCAUGCAGAUGUUGAGAAAUGCGCUGCUGGGGCGGAAGGCCACGCCGGCGGUGCGGUUCCCCGACUCGCAGGCUGUGGCGCCGCGCACGCAGCCGCCGCCCGAGCUGCCCGACGGGCCUUUCCACAAGCUCAGUGCCAACUACUACUUCACUCGGGACGCGCGCCGUGAGGUGCUGCCGCCGGUGCUGCUCGCCGAGAACACCGGCGCCGCGCUGCUCACCGCCAAAAAGAGCAAGAAGGAGAAGAAGAAAGAGAAGGAGGCGGCGGCGGCGGCGGCCGAGACCGAUGCGGGUGCCCAGGUGUCUACGGUAGCGGCGUCGGCAGUGCCGCGUCCCGGCCAGCCCUACGUCUGGGACGGCCGUGCCGAGGUGUGAUCGUCGACACCGACAGACGACGUCAGGGUGCGUGUACAUAGGGAGCUAGGAUACUAUUGUGGUCAAUACAGCUAUGUCGAUAG